CAUAUGCUUUAGAAUACUCUUACGCUUUCUAGAUAUGCGUGCUGGCAGAGCAGCCACACAUAUCAGAAAGCGGAAAAGAAAUCCUGGGAACGAGAUUGAGUCCGAAUAUAUUCAUCUCUACGUGCUAAAAUUUAUUUACAGUGCCCAACAUAUGUUAUAGUAUGAACUAACUGUGUAAAAAGGAAAAGGUUUUAGGUUUGCCAAAAUUUGUUAGAGCUGAAAUAUUAGGCUGGUGCGCCGUGGAAAAAAAUCCACAUGGCUUUAUGCGUGUUUGUUUCAUACUUUCGCCCCGCGAUCCCAGGUGUUUACAAACAUUCAGUUUUGUUUGCGUUGCUAUAGCCGUGGCUUUAUCACAACAAUAAAUAUUAAAAAAUUAUUUUUUAUGUUAUUAUGGUAAAUUGGACCAUGAAUGAGAAAUCAGAUGAGCAUGCGAUUCCCCAUAUCCAACAUUGAAGAUGGCUACCGUGGCGAAACUUUUACUACUUGAUGAAAAGGAGACCAUACUUGAUCUUGUCUACAGCAGUUAUGACACGGAAGAAUUACAAGGACUUUCACCAGUGCAACUUCAAUCUUUGUACGAGAACCUUAGAUAUACUAAACUUAGCAUUCCGCAAAUAAAAGCUUCCAUGAGCUAUACGUGUGCAUGUCCAUGUCUUUGUGAUCGUGAAGAAAUUCUUGAUGUCUUGCAAGAAAUGGAUCGAAGAUUUUUUUUGGCACAAGAUUUGCAAUGGGAGUUUGCUUUACUGGACAGACAGCGAAAAGGUGCAAUAUCAAAGUCUGAAGCUAAAUUUUUGUUUCAAAUGGUGCAUGGAGAUUUUUUCUCGAAGUACAGAUUUGAACGCUUAAUGCAGUCACGAGUGGUUGUUGAUUCAGACAUCACUUUUGAAGAAAUUGAAGUUGAGCUUUGCAACAUACCAACACAUGAUUGGAUUGAUGAAUUGCUUGUGGAGGAAGAACGUGAAAGAGAAGAGAGGGAAUUUCAAAGGCGUGAAGCAGAGCGUAAAAGAAAAGAGAUGGAAGAGCAACAGAGAAGAGAGGAAGAAAUGAAACAACAGUUGGAAGAAGAGGAUAGGAAAAUGAAAAUGUUGUUAGCAAAAAGAAAAUUAGAGGAAGAAGAAAAUCAGAAGAAACAAGAAGAAGAAAAGAAAAAAGAGGAGGUCAGAAAAGCCCAGGAGGAGGAGAUGAGAAAACAGAAAGAAGAAGAGCUCAGAAUUGCAGAAGAAGAAGCUAAAGUAAAAGCUGCAAAAGAGGCUGAAUUGUUGAAAGCUAAACAAUUGGAAGAAGAAAAGCAAAAAAAAGAGGAACAAGAACGAGUCGAGGCUGAAAGAAAACGUCAGAGGAUUUUAAAGGCGGCAGAAGAAGAGAGAAUGAGAGCAAAGGAAGAAGAAGAUAAGAAGUUGAAAGAGGCUGAAGAGGAAAGAAUGAAGGAAGAAGCAGAGAAAGAAAGGUUGAGAAUUGAGGAAGAGGCUUCAAAAGCGGCCGCCAUGAAAGUAGAGAAAGCUCAACAAAAAACUGAUAGAGCUCUACAAAAUUGGAAAAAAGCUAAAGCGACCGGAUUAAAAAAGAUUCGCCAGGAUCGAGUUCAGGCUUUGCACGAAGCUAAAGCGCGUCGAGAGGCUGAAGAAGCUUUAAUGGAAGAGGAGAACGCUGGUGCAGCAGAAGAGCAGGAGGAGAAAGCAGAAGAAGAAUUAGAGCAAGCUGAAGCUAUGUUGCUUCAAGCAACUACUGAAGAAGAAAGAAAGAAAGCAGAAGCAGCAAGAGAGAAAGCGCAAAAGAAAGCUUUAAAAAAUCGAGAAAAGAGAUUGCGUCUGUCUUUACGAGCAGCUGUCAAACAACGUUUUCGCCCGAAGAUUGACGCGACUGUUGUUGAAGCCAAAGAUGCUGAAAUACCUGCACUUAAUCCUGAUAUCGAAAAAGCAGAAAUAGUCUCAGACUCUAUCAAAUGUGGAGAAGAACUAGAAGAUGCCAUGGUAAAGAGAAAUCUAUCUGAGAUGGAGGGUGCUGUUGAGAAAAUAAAAAGAAAAGGAUACGAGAAGGACCACACUGUACAAUUACUUGAUGCUGAUAAACUGAUGCAAAAAUUGAGGCGUCUAGAAAAGUUAAAAAAGGAGAUCAUGGCGUUAGACCAAAGAACGAUAUCCGAAAUACGCAGCUAUAAAACGCCUAUCCCUGCCAUUCAUGAAGUGAUGAUAGCAACAUAUAUCAUUCUUGGCUAUAAAGAAAAGGAAUUAAAGGAAUGGAAAUUCAUCCAAGCUUUACUUGGUCGUUCUGGUAAAGAAGGUUUAAAGCGCAUGUGCACAACGUUAGACGCUACUAAAAUGGAUCUGAAUCUUGCCACUGUAGCAGAUAAGAAGUAUCUUAGUAAACAUGACCUCGGUUCGAUAACCGACGUUAGUGCCGGCGCUGCUACUUUCUUUGUUUGGUCUACAGCUAUGAUAGACGAAGCUCGUUGCUGGAAUGAGGACAGUGAGUUUCGCAAGAAAGUCGAAGAAAAACGUAGACUAGAGGAAGAAGAAGCGAAGAGAUUGCAAGAAGAGAAAGAAAAUGCACGUGCGUUGAAAAAGAAAAAUAACACCAGUGCACCACGAAAUGCGGGUGAGGAUAAAAACGCGCGAGCAGUAAGUACUGGAAAGUCGUCAGGUUCCAAACCAGAGAAAGUAAAGAAAGAAAAAGGAGCGUCUUCACGAGCAAAAACUGAGGUGAAAGGAACACCACCCGCUAGUCGAAAAAAAAGUUUGACUCCAGCCAAAUCAAGAGCUCGUUCGUCCUCUCCAAAAGCGAAAUGAAAACAAUUACAAGCUUCUUUCUUCCAGAUUUCUUUUAACGGCAAUGUUGCAGUGCACUCACACGGUGCGAAUAUAUAGGAUCAGAUUUAAACCGAGUAAUAUCGUGACUUUUUGUUUGGUUUUUCAGGAUCUUAGAUAAAGAUUUUCGCUUAUAAAAAGUAAAAUAACAAACUAAAGUAAUUUUCUGGUCAUUACAAAGUUUUCAGAGGGGUUGUCGAUUUCGUAGUAAAUGAUGAUUGUCCACUGGCAGAAAACGGAUUGUUGGCGAUAUAAAUUGCGGUUGUGGUUUGUCAAGAACAGAUGGAAAUCCACCCAUCGCAGCUAACAUCUUUAUUGUAGUUUGAGAAUGAUUUUUUAAGUUUGAAUAGGUUUUGAACAAGUCGCAACUAGUUUGCAGGUGGAGGACUAAUAUAUGAGUAAUUAAACUUGACAUUCUCAUCAUGUAUAUUUUUUCACUAUUUUUGUAAAUUUAUAAAUUCGCUUGAAUGAGAUUAUUUUUUCGAGCAUAAAAAUAUUGAUUGUAUAUUUUAGUAAAGUAUUUAUAUAAACUUGUAAAUAGAAAACUCCAACGAAUAUACCUGCGUUUACGAAGAGGA